CGUUUCUAAUCCAUGGUAAAAAGUGAUUUAAUGUGACGGCAAGCCUUUGAGAUAAUCAUGUCAUAUUAAAGGAAACAACGUUCCCAUUUUCAUGGGGUGCAAGUCGAGACUUUGGGCGCACUAAGCGUCUUCGCGAAAAUAACGCAAUCUGUGACCAAAUCGGCCUCUUCGUGAUUAACACCACCCCCCUGCCUUUGGAGCUCGUUGAAAGGCGGCAUUGUCGCUUUAAGAUUGUUGUCACAAUCGCCGAUGGCUCUGUCCGUUGUCGGAGUGAGCUGGAUUGAUAACCGAAUUGGCGGCGCAUAUCAGCGGUGCAGCUGCAGAGCACGACACAAUCCACGUUCUCAACGCAUCUGGGCAGGCAUGGGUUGCUUUGAGUGCUGUAUGCGUUGCCUGGGCGGGAUCCCGUACUGCUCUCUGGUCGCCACGCUGCUCUGCUUCUCUGGCAUCGCCCUCUUCUGUGGAUGCGGACACCAGGCGCUCACAGAGACCGAAAGGCUCAUCGAGACCUACUUCGCCCGUAACAUGCAGGAUUACAUCACCCUUGCUUACAUCAUUCAGUAUUUCCAGUACGUCAUCUACGGUUUGGCCUCAUUUUUCUUCCUCUACUGCAUCAUGCUGCUGGCGGAAGGCUUCUACACCACCAGCGUCGCCAACCAAACCUUCGGGGAGUUCCGAAGCACGAUGUGCGGCCGCUGCCUCAGUUCCACGUUUAUAGUGAUGACUUACGUGCUGUCUCUGCUGUGGCUCUUGGUGUUCGCCUUGUCCACUCUGCCCGUCUAUUUCUUCUACAACAUGGGGGCCACCUGUCGCACCAUCGACAUCCUGACCGAGACCCCGGCGAGCAUCAACCAGCUGUGUGUGGAUGCACGGCAAUAUGGGCUCCUGCCGUGGAACGCCGUGCCGGGAAAAGCUUGCGGAAUAACUCUGUCCACCGUUUGCAAGACCAGAGAGUACCGAAUAACCUACGACCUCUACAUCGCCGCCUUUGUCGGCGCAGGCAUCACCCUCAUGGCUCUGGUGCACUCCUCCGUGCAGUUGGCCAUGAACCAGGAGAACCUGGGAAGGCUGCGGCGCAGAGCCGAGAAGGGAGGCUACGACCUGUACAGCCAGCUGCUGCGGGAUCGAGGAGGCACGCUUUGCUCCCCCUACCCUGCAAAUUUAUCCCACCGUUCCUGACAGGGUUUUCUAUUGUAAUUCGUCACAAUCGUUACCCAAGAUUCCCUUCAUUAUUUUAUGUUUUCAUGGGACAUUGGCUAUUUUGUGUUUGCGUACCGGGCUCAAUGGCCCUAAUCGCUUGUUGGUUGUGUUUGAACUGAGCAGCUAUAUGUUACUAUCUCGUGCCACUUUUCUGUUGGCUUCCUCGAACGUGCCCGUAUUUGGUUCUUUCAUAGUACAACGUGGGGAGAAUUCCAAUUUGUGUGGUGAAUCCCACGUGUGAGAUUUAGGGAAGGGAAAAAUAAAACUGCAAUCAUGCACUACAAGGACAAUAGAA